CGGAAACCCAGACCUCCUUCGAGCCUGGGUUGCACGGGCCCCGCGCAGCCGCCGCCUGGGCGCGGAGCCAUGGGGCGCCCGGGCCGGCGGAAGGCCGGAGCCGGAUGCCUGCGGGAAAGGGGAUAGAUAUGGAUACCCAGUUGACACCCUAGCUGUGCUCCCCCUAGUCCACAAAAUGCGAUUGUGAAAACAGACACUCCUGGAACUCCUACAUAGCUUUCACUGUGGAUGAUGGGUGACGACAGACUCUUGGACCACCCCCAGCCUGUGGAAUUGCUCAGUAUCUGCUCAGGAGACAGCCUGCAGUCCCACCCAGGAGCAUGCCUGAGGGAGAUGGGCCACGACCCAGGUCCUCUGGAAUCUCGCCAGGAGCACACCUGGACCUUCGAACCUCCUGAACCCACCAGGACAGAUGCUCCUCUCAGGGGCUCUGCUAUGGAGCCUGCCUACUUGGGAAGCUGCUCUUCGCAGGAGGGGCUCAGGCCAACAGCAGCAUCGCCAGAGGCACAGGGGGACAGCUGUCCUCCGGGGACUCCGCUGCAGAGCCAGAGCUCGUCCACACAGGUGAUGUUCUGGGCUGGCAUCUUACAGGCCCAGAUGUGCGUCCUGGACCUGGAGGAAGAGCUAGAAAAGACGGAAGGACUCAAGACCAGGCUGAGGUGCUGCCUCCCCUCAUCCACUCCAGACCUCCCUGGUGACACAGGCCUGCACCCCAGCCCACCCACCGAGGAGGACUCUGGGGAAGACAGCAGUGGGCCUGAGGGGGAGAGCAAAGCCUGGCCCAGGGAAGGAUCCUCCCCAGAGUGGGGUCCUGAGGAGGAGAGUGUGUUCUUCGACAACCCCCUCUUCCUGGAGAGCCCUUCUUCUGACAUCAGUGUUUCCAGGGAGUGCUUUUCCUGGGGCUUCCCAGACUCCCAGGCAGAUGUGAGGCCUGGGGCUGACUGGCCAUUCCCACACAACAGUGGGCCCUGGGAGCUAGAAAGGGCGCUGGAUUUGGGGGGCAGCACCGCUGGAUCCAGUGGGUGCACCACCCCUCCAUUCCCUGUGCCUCCCUACAAAACACACCCUUUCUGCUGGGCCUCGGUGGCCACUGCUGAGGGGACUCCCACAGCACCUCCUGCUCAGGAGGAAGGCGAGGCCCCACCAAGCCCUGAGGGCUGGCAGAUAGAAGAAGGUCCUUCCUGGCCCCAGGAUAGAGGUGAACGGGAUGCCAGGUGUCUCCAGGAACCUGCUACCUGCACCUUCACUCCCAGCCCCUGUGGAAGCCCAGUAUCCUCAUCUGAGCCUGGCAGCCCUGAGUCUGAGGGCAGAGGCCCCGGCCCCAGGCCCACCCCAGUGUCGUCCCAGGAGGGCAGCCCCCAGCUCCAGCACCACAGCCCUGGCAUUUUCCCCAAGUGGCCACUAGAUGCCUCACACCCUUUGCUCCUGGAAACAGAUGGGAUAGAGCCAAGUUCCCCGAAGAAAGAAGAGGCUGGGGAGGCCCCAGACCCAGGGCAGGAAGUAGAGAAUGAAGGCACAGCUAGGAUUGCUGCAGGCACCCAGCCCGACGUUCACUGGACUUCUGCAGAAGGGCCUCCUGAGAGCCCCAUGCCCCAGGCACAGUCCCCCAAGGAAGACCAGAGGCCACCAGCUGGAGAUAAGCUGGCGAAUGGUGUCAGGAAUGACAAAGUGGCCUGGAACUUGGCUUCCCGGCUCUAUCACCUGGAUGGCUUCCGGAAGUCAGAAGUGGCUGCCUACCUGCAGAAGAACAAUGACUUCAGCAGGGCUGUGGCUGAGGAGUACUUGUCCUUCUUCCAGUUCGGAGGCCAGAGCCUGGACUGCGCCCUCCGGGGCUUCCUCCAGUCCCUGGUUCUCAGCGGGGAGACACAAGAGCGGGAGCGAAUCCUCUACCAGUUUUCUAGACGCUUCCACCACUGCAACCCUGAGACUUUCCCCUCAGUAGAUUCCAUACACACCUUGACCUGUGCCAUCAUGCUCCUUAACACGGACCUGCACGGACAGAACAUCGGGAAGAGCAUGAGCUGCCAGGAAUUCAUAGCCAACCUGAACGGCCUGCAGGAUGGCGGGAACUUCCGCAAGGAGCUGCUGAAGGCCCUCUACUGGUCUAUUCGAAAUGAGAAGCUUGAGUGGGUUAUGGAUGAAGAAGAGCCAGCCAGAGCUGAGAAGGCCCAGCCAUCUCCCCCAGCUGGCAAGAUGAGUAACCCCUUUCUCCAGCUGGCUCAGGACCCCAAGGUACCCACCUACAAGCAGGGCAUCCUGGCACGGAAGAUGCAUCAUGAUGCGGAUGGCAAGAAGACACCAUGGGGCAAGCGCGGCUGGAAGAUGUUCCACACCUUACUGCGAGGGAUGGUUCUCUACUUCCUGAAGGGAGAGGACCCAUCCUUGGAGGGGGAGAGUUUGGUUGGGCAGAUGGUGGAUGAGCCUGUUGGGGUGCACCAUGCACUGGCCACCCCUGCCACCCACUACACCAAGAAGCCUCAUGUCUUCCAGCUGCGGACUGCAGACUGGCGCCUCUACCUCUUCCAAGCACCCACAGCCAAGGAGAUGACUUCCUGGAUUGCACGUGUCAACCUGGCGGCAGCCACGCACUCAGCACCGCCCUUCCCUGCUGCUGUAGGCUCCCAGCGCCGGUUUGUGCGGCCCAUCCUGCCAAUGGGGCCGGCCCAGAGCUCCCUGGAGGAGCAGCAUCGAUCCCACGAGAACUGCCUGGACGCCGCCUCUGAUGACUUGAUGGAUCUGCAGCGGAACUUACCUGAGCGGCGGGGCCGCAGCCGAGAGCUGGAAGAGCACCGCUUGCGGAAGGAGUACCUGGAGUACGAGAAAACCCGCUACGAGACGUACGUGCAGCUGCUGGUGGCUCGUCUGCACUGCCCCUCCGGGGACCUGGAUCUCUGGGAGGAGCAGCUGGGGAGGGAAGCUGAAGACACCCAGGAACCCAAACCCAGCCUGAAGAAGUCCCACUCGAGCCCCUCCCUGCACCAGGAUGAGGCCCCCACCACAGCCAAGGUGAAGCGCAACAUCUCUGAGCGCAGAACCUACCGCAAGAUCAUCCCCAAGAGGAACCGCAAUCAGCUGUGAAGCUGGUCACAGACCUGGCCCCUCUAUGGGGUAGCUGGAGACAAUGCCCCGUGGGGAGCCUCAUUUCACUGGAUCCAAGAUGAGGCCUGAGGCGCUUCCCUUCUCUGCUGAGGGGCAGCACUUAUUUCUCUGUGGCCCCAUUCAUUCCCUGACUUACUGGAGCUUCCCUAAUGCCACUGUGCCUGACCACCACUACCAUGGCAGUCACUGUGCUGUCCCAGUCCCAGUCCCUGGCCACUCCUGAGGGAAGAAUGAGAUGGAAUGAGGACUGGGCUUCACUCCCAGCAUUCAUCCCAUGUCACCCCUGUUCCUCUACUGGGGUGGUUUCAUUUCCUGUGCAUACUUGAACCUGGGGGAGGGUUCAGGCCAGGCCAGCCAGGGGAACCCCAUCCUUGAGGACAGUUAGGUGACCCCCCCAGGGGAUGCCCCGAGAACAGAGCAGGAACUCUUCCCAGAACCUAGCUGUGACCCAGGGAGCAGUAUCUCCCAGGCUCUGCCCACUAGGGGGCAGCCUUCUGGGAGAGCCCUCAGCUGGCUUCUCUGGGAGGCGGAGGCUCAGUGCCUUUGUCUCCCCCGGCUCCUUCCCCUAGAGCUGUCAUGCUUGGGGCAGAUGAGAGAACCUGGUGCUCAGUUGCUGAUCAACAGAGUGCAGCGAAGGCCUCUGGAGCUCUGUGGAGAUCCCUGGAGUGCUGGGAACAGGGACCCUUUGUUUUCCCAGAGCAGAGAAGGUGGUUCUCCAGGUGUAGCCAGCUGGCAAGGGUGGAGGAGUAAAAGGUGGGGACAGUUCCCUGAGAGGGUCUGCCUGGCCAGAGCCGUAGCUGAGUAGAAGUUCGUGGGAUAGAAUGGAAACUGAAGACCAGGACCUCCUUGGCUAGUCAUGUGAGACACGCACCCCUUGCUGCACACCCCUUAAAGCUGUACUUCUGAGGGUACCAGGACACCUUCCUCCCCCCUGAGCCUGUUCCCCGAGGCUCUGCUGUCCCACUCUGGGAAGUCCCUUCGUCCUGUCCUGGCUGCCUCCCAGCCAGGCCUGUUCUCCAGGGGAGGUUCUAAGACCGGGCCUUGGGGCUGUGUCUGUGGAAAGGAAACCAGGUUGGAGGGAGCCACCACUAUUGUUUCUGUUCAGCCAAGUGUACAGAUAGGCUGCCUGCCAAGUGGGCCCCUCUGCUGCCUGCCCACUGCCCGGCAGCUGCCAUGCUACCUCACCUGUCUUCCUGCCAGGCCACCCUCCUCUCUUCCGAUAGUGCUUGUCAUAGAGUGGGACUGGUCCUUGAGAGCCUUGAAGUUGUCUUAGGCCAGGGCCUGGGUUGGGCCAUGCACCCAAUGGGUGUGCAAUAAAUAUAGGUGAAUGAAGAACGAAGUGUGCACGAGUGUGUGAGGAUGGAUGGUCAGGCAGCUAUGGGGUGUGGCAGGCUGCAUCUUCCUUUGCCCCUGUGCGGUGUGCACAUUUGUGUGUGUGUAGAGUGCUCUGUGUUUUCAUGGUGGAGCCACAGUUACAGGCUGUCAAGAUGGAUGGAACCUCAGAAUCAUUUUCCAUCCACUCAUUGAUUUCACAAAUAUUAUUAGACACUUCACAUGCGCCAGUACUAGGUGAUCCAAAAGCGAAUUAAACAUGUGCUGACUCCAUGAGUUGAUAGUCUGCCCACAGUUUCCCAGCUCUCAGGAAAGAGAUGUACUUUAUCUUGCUGGGAAGUCAAUUCCUGCCACCUGCCCAAGGAUUCUGACUCAGGAGGCCUGUUGGGCCGAAAGGUGUAUGUGUUUAAAGCUCCUUGGAUAACUGAGGUGUGACAACAGUGAACAGCCACACAAGAGUCCAGUUAUCUCAUUUUACUGAGGUAUAAACUUUGCUUACAAGCUAAAUGGCUUUGAUGGGUUCUUUGACCUCCUUGACUGUGUAUGCUUAUUUAUAACACCAGAAUAAAAGGUACAGGUUUGUUUGAA